AAAAUGAAUUUCGGCGAGGAAGAUGUUGACUUUAUGCCCCAGAUGAGCUGACAGCGCUUGGCUUGAAAAGUCUAAAAUGUCAGGAUUGGAUGCCCUGGGAAUCCCAGGAGGUGACUUUCUCCGUGAAGCACUGACAAACUGCUCAGACCCACUAGCUGCCAUUGAGGAAUUUCAGCAUGAGAAUGGAAUCUUACUACCCUCUCUCAAACCAGCUCUGCCGUUUUUGGACCUUCACGGAGUCAAGCGGCUUGAUUUUCACCAAUCGGUAAUGGAAGAGCUACGAGAAAAGCUUCUGCAGCGAAUCACCGAUUUGGCGAGCAAAGAUGACCCUAAUAAACUAGAGAAACUCGAAGGACUGUUGGAGAAAAGUUUCCCCGUCAUCAAAGUGAAAGCCCUGCGUCCUGUAGUCAUGUGCAUUCUAAAACACCUGCCCAAAAUCAAGGACGAAUAUCUCCAACAGAUUUUGGAGAAUCGCGAACUUUACACCGAGGCUUCAACAGAAGUGAAGCGUCAGAUCUGGCAAGACAACCAGGCCUUAUUUGGGGACGAAGUCUCACCUCUGUUGACACUGUACAUCAAAGAGAAAGAGACAAUCCUGUACAGUCAUGAAGAAAGUCAGCUGACAUUUUUUCUGCCGUCUCCAAAAAUGAGGCGACAGGGUGAGGUGGUGCAGAAACUUGUUCACAUGAUUGGGCGCAACGUGAAACUGUAUGACAUGGUUCUGCAGUUCCUGAGGACACUGUUUUUGCGUACGCGCAACACGCACUACUGCACCCUGCGCGCUGAGCUGCUCAUGGCAUUACACGAUCUGGAGAUACAUGACAUCUGCUCUGUAGACCCCUGUCACAAGUUUACCUGGUGCGUGGAUGCAUGUAUCCGCGAGAGGUUCGUUGAUAGUAAGAGGUCACGGGAACUUCAGGGCUUCCUCGAUGGCAUCAAGAGAGGACAGGAGCAAGUCCUUGGGGACCUGUCAAUGAUACUGUGUGAUCCGUUUGCCAUCAACACUGUGUGUGUGUCCCUGAUGAGAUGCCUUCAGCAAUGUAUCAACACAGAGACAAUGCCAAGGGAGAAUGUUGACAUUGUGCUGUUGCUGAGGAUGUUACUACUGGGUCUGCAGGCCUGGGAUAUGAUUGACAGCCAGGUGUUUAAGGAACCAAAACUGGAAUCGCUGCUGAUCACCAAAUAUCUUCCCUUGAUCUCGAGCAUGAUGGUUGACGACCAGUACCGAAGCCUGAUUCUGAGGACACAAGAGGAAAAACCCACCAUCUUCACUCCAAUACAGCCGUCAGAAUUGUUCGCCACUUUCAUCAAGAUCAGCGGUAUAUCCAGUCUGGUCGCCAUGUACUAUGCGCUUCAGGUGACACGCCAGCGGGAUCGCAUCGCGGCGGUGCAGAUCAUCCCAGCGCUGCUGCACUGCGAGAAUGACCGUGCAUACGAGGAUACCUUCCUCCACUCGCUCGUAUCAUACCUGAUCAGCAUGGCGGAGGAUUUCACGCAGGAGGACUUGUGCAUCGCAGUGUUUGAUGACUUCAUCUUGCCGUCUAUAUCUCGUGAGAGCGUCAGACGCCAUCUCCUCCGUCUGUUGUGGCAUGUCUACACCAAAGUGCCCAACCUACGGAUCCGGGUUAUCAUGGACGCCAUUGAGCCGGGGACAGAGCAUAGUGAAGCUGUUCAUCAGACAUACAAGGCCCUGGCGGAAAAAGUGGCAGCCUUUCAGCCUAGUGUUCAGGACCAGCCUGAGAAGUUAGACUCCCCGCUGAUGAACGUCCCUGCCCCCACACCUGGACCUAUCUGAGAGUGGGGCAGAAAGAACAGUGUUUUUGUACAAGAUAUCAAUGUUUCCGUGAGGAGUGAUCCUGGCAAGAGAUGUGAUGAAGGAUGUGAGCGUAAUUCAAUGAAGAGUGACUUUCAAAGGUGAACAGCAGUCUUUCUGAAAUGUGCAGAAGAGCUGUAAUUGUGAGAUUUGGUUGAAAUGCCGUUAAUUGUGUAUGAACAUAUUUGAACAGUAGAUUGUUAAAUAUGAAUGGAAGAGUCUGUCUAAUAAAUGUGAACAGAUUUGAACAGCUUGAUACAUGUGAACAGCCUGAUAAAUAAAAUGUGAACAGAUUUGAA